GACCUCCUAGAAUCGGCUUUUGAUCGUUCAUAUUUUUAUCCUCCUGUGAAUGAGAUCAUUGAACAAUGUGGAAAAUUCCAUUUGCUCAACCGAUUGUUGGAACGGCUAUUUGCACGAAAUCACAAAGUUCUGAUCUUCAGUCAGUGGACUAGAGUGUUGGAUAUAAUGGAUUAUUAUUUCAGUGAAAAAGGCUUCGAAGUUUGCAGGAUUGAUGGUUCAGUGAAACUGGAGGAUAGGAAACGGCAGAUCCAGGACUUCAAUGAUACAAACAACAAUUGCCGAAUCUUCCUUCUUUCUACUAGGGCUGGUGGAUCGGGAAUUAACCUCACUGCAGCUAACACUUGCAUUCUUUAUGACAGUGACUGGAAUCCUCAAAUGGAUUUACAGGCCAUGGAUAGAUGUCAUAGAAUCGGUCAAACAAAGCCUGUUCAUGUUUACAGGCUCGCAACUGCUCAAUCAGUAGAGGGUCAAAUGUUAAAAAGAGCUUUCAGCAAGUUGAAGCUUGAGCAUGUGGUGAUAGAGAAAAGACAGUUUCAUCAAGAGCGUACGAAGCCUGCCAUUGUGGAUGAGAUGGAGGCAAAGGACACUUUGCGUCCCAAGAUUUUCCAGUCACCAGCUGCCGCAGCUGCAGCUGCUUCUGUUACUUUUGCCUAUGCAUUGUCUAAAUCUGAGAAGUUGGAUUUGUCAAACUCAGAAUUUCUGAUUUGUAAACUGUGUCAUUUUCAUUGGAGAAUUAUCCUUUAA